ACUCCAGCUGCAGCCACUCUUGCCCGUUGCUGCUUCCUCCAUCCUGGUAUUUUUUGGAGCCUCCAUCCUGGUUCUUCCAAAGUGCCCGGACCCAAAACAGGAAUUAAUAGGCUCACCCCAAAAUAGGCUUUUUGGGACUGAUCUAGAAUCUGCAUUUUCUGCGUGAAUCUCUUUGAUUGCAGUUGAGCUAGAUGGUGGAGCCAAAAUGCUAUUGCCCUGUUUUCAUCUACAGUUAAUCAAGUGUUGCAGAGGUAGGAAUAUGGGAGAGAAGCAAUCUGGAUAACAUGAAAGUGAUGCUGGUGUCUAAGGGAAGGCGACUUGAUUCUGUGGGAAGGGCUAUACCUGAUCCAUCUAUUUUCUAGAUUUGAGUAUGAGCACAGUUGAAGAGGAUUCUGACACAGUAACAGUAGAAACCGUGAACUCUGUGACUUUGACUCAGGACACAGACGGGAACCUCAUUCUUCAUUGCCCUCAGAAUGAAGCUGAUGAAAUAGACUCAGAAGAUAGUACUGAACCUCCACAUAAAAGGCUUUGUCUGUCUUCUGAGGAUGAUCAGAGUAUCGAUGGUUCUACUCCUUGCAUAUCAGUUGUUGCACUGCCACUUUCAGAAAAUGAUCAGAGCUUUGAGGUGACCAUGACUGCAACCACAGAAGUGGCAGAUGAUGAGAUUACUGAGGGAACUGUGACACAGAUCCAGAUUCUACAGAAUGAGCAACUAGAUGAAUUAUCUUCCUUGGGUAAUGAGGAAGUUUCAGCAGUUAGCCAAGCAUGGUUUACAACUAAAGAAGAUAAGGAUUCUCUGACUAACAAAGGACAUAAAUGGAAACAGGGGAUGUGGUCUAAGGAAGAAAUUGAUAUUUUGAUGAACAAUAUUGAACGCUAUCUAAAGGCACGCGGAAUAAAAGAUGCUACAGAAAUCAUCUUUGAGAUGUCAAAAGACGAAAGAAAAGAUUUCUACAGGACUAUAGCAUGGGGUCUGAACCGGCCUUUGUUUGCAGUUUAUAGAAGAGUGCUUCGCAUGUAUGAUGACAGAAACCAUGUGGGAAAAUAUACACCUGAAGAAAUUGAAAAGCUCAAGGAGCUCCGGAUAAAGCAUGGCAAUGACUGGGCAACAAUAGGGGCGGCGCUAGGAAGAAGCGCAUCUUCCGUCAAAGAUCGGUGCCGACUGAUGAAGGAUACUUGCAACACAGGGAAGUGGACGGAAGAAGAGGAAAAGAGACUUGCAGAGGUGGUUCAUGAAUUGACAAGCACUGAGCCAGGUGACAUAGUGACACAGGGCGUGUCAUGGGCAGCUGUGGCAGAGCGAGUCGGGACCCGCUCAGAAAAGCAGUGUCGUUCUAAAUGGCUCAACUACCUGAACUGGAAACAGAGUGGAGGUACUGAAUGGACCAAGGAAGAUGAAAUCAAUCUCAUCCUCAGGAUAGCAGAGCUUGAUGUAGCGGAUGAAAAUGACAUCAACUGGGAUCUGUUAGCGGAGGGAUGGAGCAGUGUCCGUUCACCACAAUGGCUUCGAAGUAAAUGGUGGACCAUCAAAAGGCAAAUUGCAAAUCAUAAGGAUGUUUCAUUCCCUGUCUUAAUAAAAGGUCUUAAACAGUUACAUGAGAAUCAAAAAAACAACCCAACGCUUUUGGAGAAUAAAUCAGGAUCUGGAGUUCCAAACAGUAAUUCCAAUUCCAGUGUACAGCAUGUUCAGAUCAGAGUCGCCCGCUUGGAAGACAAUACAGCCAUCUCUCCAAGCCCCAUGACAGCCUUGCAGAUUCCAGUCCAGAUCACCCAUGUCUCUUCAACAGAGUCCCCUGCUGCUACUGUUGACUCAGAAACAAUAACACUAAACAGUGGAACACUACAGGCAUUUGAGAUUCUUCCAUCUUUCCAUUUACAGCCCACUGGCACUCCAGGCACCUACCUACUUCAGACAAGCUCAAGCCAAGGCCUUCCCCUCACUCUGACGGCUAGUCCCACAGUAACCCUGACAGCUGCCGCACCUGCUUCUCCUGAACAGAUCAUUGUUCACGCUUUAUCCCCAGAACAUUUGUUAAACACAAGUGACAACGUCACGGUGCAGUGUCACACACCACGAGUCAUCAUUCAGACUGUUGCCACGGAAGACAUCACUUCUUCCAUAUCCCAAGCAGAACUGACAGUAGAUAGUGAUAUUCACUCAUCUGAUUUUCCUGAGCCUCCAGAUGCCCUAGAAGCAGACACUUUCCCAGAUGAAAUUCAUCAGCCUAAGAUAACUGUAGAGCCAUCAUUUAAUGAUGCUCAUGUAUCCAAAUUCGGUGACCAAAAUAGCACAGAACUGAUGAAUAGUGUUAUGGUCAGAGCGGAAGGAAUCUCUGACACCGACCUUAAACAAGAGGAGUCAUCUCCUUUAGCCCGUGCAUAUGUUACUGAGGAUCUAGAGUCUCCUACCAUAGAAGAACAAGUUGAUCAAACAGCCAUUGAUGAUGAAACCAUACUUAUCGUUCCUUCACCACAUGGCUUUAUCCAGGCAUCUGAUGUUAUAGAUACUGAAUCUGUCUUGCCUUUGACAACACUAACAGAUCCCAUACUCCAACAUCAUCGAGAAGAAUCAAAUAUCAUUGGAUCAUCUUUGGGCAGUCCUGUUUCAGAAGACUCAAAGGAUGUUGAGGAUUUGGUCAACUGUCAUUAGGUAAUUCUUAAGAGACAGGUAGCUCAGGCAGAGAAGCCACACUGUUAAUUACAACAUCUCCAAAGAAAUAGGAGCAACUCCCAAGAGGCUUAAUUCACCAUUCCUUUGGCUUUUAAAUAGCUACAGUGCUUAAGCCACAUACAUGUUGCUGCUAUGACUAUUUAUUUACCUCCUUUAAAUAUACCAUCUGAGGUCAGUCUUAGGACAGUGUGUAGAUAAACUGAGUAUGGAGGUCUUAACUGCGUAGAUCCCUGUGAUUGGUGUUAAUUGUCAGCAGGGAAUUUCAUUCACUUCAGCUACUGAGAAAAGUUUACAGUCACCAAAGCUUAUCUACUUCGUUUUACAAAGCAGUCAUAUUCAUCUCUAAAGAUCGGACAUGGCUCUAUCCAGUCUCAAGUAGGCCGGUUCGUAUUUCGGAGACAUCCCAUCAACAUGGUGUAGCGCUUACCAGUGACGCUCAGAAAUGUUAAGUACCCUUAGUUUGAAAGGUGCCCAGCAUCCCAUACAGAGACCUAGGAGGGCAUUGUGUGGCCGUUACUGUUGGUUUACCCAUUGCUGGCAGUGGGAGCUGAUUCAGGCUGGGUACACAAAAGAAGCAUUAUAAGAAUUAAGAACAUUCACUACAGGUUUUUUAUUACUUAUAAAGGGAAUAUGGAAGAGGGUAGCAACACAGCUCACCAGAAGCUAGAGUUUUCACCCCUUCAGAACCCACUGUUGUCAGUUUACAAAGUUAGCACUUUGAAGUAAAAUUAAAUGGGAAAGGAAGUUAAGGUUGCCUACCCUAUACUAUGACUCUUACAUGUUUUGCUAUACAAAUUACCCAGGAAAUAGUUGAGGAAGGUAUCAGAGUCUUCCCUUCACUUUAGUGCAUCAGCUGGUGGGGCGUGACGUAACUUCUCCCUCUCAGGCAAUUUAAAAAAACAAAAUUUGCUUCUGUUAGGAAAGAGAUCAAGAGUCAUUCAUGUAUUAGAGAAGGUGAAGCCAAAAUUAGCCUCUAGGGCUUUAAUGAACAUGACCCCUACAGAAAAGUCACAAAAAAAAAAAAAAACUUGUAUAAAUUAUUUUAUUUAUUAUUGUAAUUAGGUCUUCACAAUCAAAGUUGUCUUUUCACCGUCUGUGUUUUGUUAAUGUGAAAUUGUAGUUAUAAGCAAAAGUUGGUUGCCUAGGGAACAAUAAUUGUAUAUUCAGUUUAACAGAAAUAAAAGAAUAUUUGUCUUAAAAUUCAAGAUUGUUACAUAGCUUUUCGCCAUGCACUUACAUUAUAAAAAGUCUAAUUUCAAAAGUGAAAAUUGCUUGUGCCCUUUGAGCUUUAAGGGUUGGAAUGUUUAGGUGCAACACCACCUCCUUAAAGAAAAAGCAAAGCAAUCUAGGCUAUGUCUCCCCUGCAAGAGGGAAUUUUAGAUUUACAAUUAACAUGAAAAUCAUGUAUCAGACUUGUGCAGGAGAUUCUUAAGCAUAGCUUACCCGGCUCUGACUCACAGUCCUAAUGUAUAGCUUUGAAGAGACCUGGUAAGUAUUUCUCCUUGGCAGCCUCACCUCCCCACGUCAUGGAAGUACAGGUUCGCACAUAUACAUAACAUGAUGAUAGAAAAUAAGAUAUAGUAAAUUAGAUUUCUAAAUUUCGGUUCUAAGUCUCCUUGUCGAUACCAGUAGAUCUAAAAGAAGAAGAAUUACAUAAGAGUUUUAAGUAAUAGCCACUAGGCCUGACAUGAAAAUUUUUAAAUACAACUAAUUCUUUUUCAACUGUGACCAAUUUCAUCCAUAUAUACUUUCCCCCACUGAGACAGUCUUUAUGUUGGUAUACAUUUCUGAAACCAAUGUGGUCAGAAUGUAAUUUUUCUCUUUAUAAUUCUAGUAGUACCAAAUUUCCACAUCCAAGAUCAUACUUGUUCCUGCUUUCUCAGCUACCCUUUUUCUGUUCAAACCAGUAGUCAUCCAAUCACUGACAAGCCAUCCAAGAAUGUAUACUUUGUAGGUCUGUUUUAAAUGUAUUUGAGUAAAAAGGUACAGGUCUCUUUGGUCCUGGAAGGGAUGACAACUUUUAAAUUCUUAUUAACUACAGAGUCAGGUUGCCAAUACACUGUAAGUUUUUAUACAAAACUAGAUCAUGUUAGUCACUCCUGGCUUUAGGCUGGGAGUGAGAAGGGCCAUCUCUGGUAGUUUUGUUCCAAAGCCUCCAGAAUUAGAUGGGCCAACUCUUCCUCAGAGCAAAGGAGUAGAGCAGAAUAAAAUUAAUGAGAUAAGCACAUUACAAUGGUGAUGUAAGCCCUAUGUGAGUCAAAACUACUGCUUUUAAGGGUUUAUAGUUUUGGUUCUACCUCUCAAGGGAAAUAAAACAACAGCCAAGUAAUUAAUGACUAAACAAUUGGCAAAUAGCUAAGGGAGGAUCUAUCACCGUCUUUGUUUCUUUAUGUAAAGGAAAAGCAUCUUUAUGCUAAAUAAUGGUACAUUCUUGUGACAAGGAUAUAGCUGUAGCUUAAGAUUUCCCAGGAGGUUCUUGGUGUUAAUUACUUUCAUUUGGGGAGAUAAGCACAGAGAUUAAAAUAGACUAAUUCUGUAAUUAGAAGUAAAUCCAGAACGCUGUAUCUCUUCCCUUUAGAGCAGUAAUGGCAUUUGCCAAAUCCUGCUGGGCCUGUAGGCAGUCCUUGAAGGAAGAUGUAUUAGGUAAAUUAAAGCUUUGGCCACCCAAGUCUUAACUUUUUUCCCCUCCCC